AUGGACCUGAUGGGUCAGCUGUCUCGAAUGAACCGCGAGGAGAUCAUAGAGUUCAUCAAGUCCUGCCAGCAUGACUGUGGAGGCAUCAGCGCCAGCAUCGGCCACGACCCUCAUCUCCUCUACACCCUCAGUGCUGUACAGAUCCUGUCGUUGUAUGAUAGCAUUAAUAUCAUUGAUGUGGACAAAGUGAUGGACUAUGUUAAAGGACUGCAGCAGGAGGAUGGCUCAUUCGCAGGAGACAAAUGGGGAGAAAUAGAUACACGGUUUUCCUUUUGUGCGGUUGCGACGUUGGCACUACUGGGCAAGUUGGAUGAGAUCAACAUGGACAAGGCCGUUGAGUUUGUGCUGUCCUGUAUGAACUUUGAUGGUGGGU